UGAAUCACGUUGGGGCCAGCCUCCUGCACCGCCCACUCCCGCCCCAGCCGGAGGAAUAAAGAGCACCAGAGCACCUGCUUGGUUGAGUUUUUCGGCGGCGCGAUGGCAGCAGCAAAGAGCAUCUAUGGCUUCUCUGCGAAGCUGGUUACGGGGGAGUCGUUUGACUUCUCCUGCCUGAAAGGCAAAGUUGUGCUGAUCGAGAACGUGGCGUCUCUCUGAGGCACAACCACCAGGGAUUACACCCAGAUGAACGAGCUCCAGGAGCGCUACGCCGCCCAGGGGCUUGUAGUUCUGGGGGUGCCCUGCAACCAGUUCGGACACCAGGAGAACUUUAAGAACGAGGAGAUCCUCAAGUCCUUGAAGUACAUCCGACCAGGAAAUGGUUUCGAGCCGAAUUUCAAGCUUCUGGAGAAGGUGGACGUCAACGGGAAGGAUGCACACCCCUUGUUUGUCUUUCUCAAGGAAAAGCUGCCUUUCCCCAGCGAUGAUAGCACGUCUCUCAUGAACGACCCCAAGUCCAUCAUCUGGAGUCCCGUCUGCCGAAGUGACGUUGCCUGGAACUUUGAGAAGUUCCUCAUCGACCCAGAUGGAGAGCCCUUCAAGCGGUAUGGUAGGAACUUCCUGACCAUCAACAUCGAGGGAGACAUCAAAAAGCUCCUCAACCCGAGCAAAUAAGUCCAAUGGAAGUCUCCUAAGAAGCAGUGGUAGUACUGUGGUGUAUUACCAGAUGUUUGGCUCAAGACCCAUAUCUACGUCAGGCUCCCUAUGCUGUCCUGUGCACAGUGCAGCUGUGUGUUAUGCCUUUUACUCUAUGAAGACACUUCUUGAAAUCUUACUAAGAGAGAUGUUUGAUAAAUGUAAAAGUCUUAACCCAACUGUUGUAUUUUUGCUCAUGAGAAGCAUAGAUAAGUUUAGUGUUAUGGGACCAAUAAAUCAUACAAUAUA